AUGGACCGCGAGAGCCUGCAGUUUUUGUUUUAUUGCGCGGUGGUGGACAAAGUAAAGUGUGGCUGCGCUGCUGGCGCCGCUGGAGCUGGUGCUGAUGCUGAUGCUGACCCCAUGACGAGAUCCAUCCCCAGUACCUCCGCGUUCCAGGAGCGCACCAGAGCAGGGAUCACCCGAGAGGGAGAGGAGGGGGAUAACUCCCGGUCAAAAGCAGCCGAUCCGAGCCCGCUGCUGUCGCCUGUCAUACAGCAACAGAGAAGAAAGAGAAGGAAAAGCGUCGCUCAGACAGGUGAAAUGGAUGCUGAGGAGGAAGGGCCAUCUGAUUUAACGUCAGGCAGCUGCAGACAGCUGUGUGUCCACCCCAGCAGGGCCGAGGCCACAGAGGAUGGCGAUUCAGGCAAGGAGGCAUUUAAAGAUGAAGAGCCAGCCCUGCCUCCUGAUUUGGAGUGGUUAGAAGAAUUGUAUGAGGAGGAUAAUGGCGAUGGUGACCUUGCGCCUGCGGCCGACAUAGAUAAGAAGAGAAGUUAUGCCGAGACAGCACGGAUGUUCAAGCUGAGACGAAACCUGGACCAGCUGGACUGCUUUCACCGACAGAAGGAGCAUGACGUGCUGAAAGCCAGAGAAAAGUUGAAACUCUGUCGUCAGAAUGUUGAACAUUUGCUGGAGCAAAGGGAGAAGUUGGAGAGAGAAAUAGAGAAACAGAAAGCAACAGAGAACAGUGUGGCAUUGUUUCGAUUGCGAGCCCAACAUAAGCAACUGUGUCAACACCUGCACGAUGAGGAGGAGCUAGAGGGCCACAUCAGCACUGAACUGAGGCAACAAGAACUCCAGCUGAGUGAAAUGGAAGUGGAGCUUGGCAGGGCCGCCUUGCUCCGACAGGAGGUGAAGGAGGAAGAGCAGCUUUUCCAGGUCCUCAAAGCCCAGAAGGCAGCGACAAGGUUGCAGCAGGCAAGGAAAGUCAGCCAGAACCUGCAGCACAAGAUGGGACAUCUCAGGGAGCAAGCCAUGCAGAAGGAGGAGCCUGAAUGUCAGAGGAAGAUUGAGGAGAGUCAAGCCACCCGCAGGGUAGCUGCCAAGUACUUGAAACAGACCAUCAAAAGAAUACAUCAGCAAGCAGCUGAGAAGGAGCGACAGAACAGGGAGUUAAUGGAAAAAAGGAUGCAGGCUGUGAAAACACUCAAAUCUAACAUAGAGGCCAACCAAGAGAAUUUACGGGCCCAACAAAGUAGAGCCAAAGCAGACGCCCAGAGGAAAGAAUGGCAGCAAAGACAACUUAGAGAAUCCCUGCAGGCCCAAGGCAUCAACAGUAUCAAACACAUGUACCAGCAGAAACAACUAGAAGAGACUAAACGAAAACAAGAGGAAUUUGAGGAAAGCCAGAAGUCAAAGAGGUUGGAGAUUGUGGCAAAAAUUCUUCAGGAGGAUAAACUCAGAAAGAGCAGCAAAAGGGACCAGCCACAGCCUUUGAGGCUCUCAACCACUCCCAAGUUCCUGUCUAUGAGGAGAGAAAAAGAGAGGCUCCUGUUCAAUCUGCAUCCCACCCCCCCCUCAGGCGCAGAGGAGGCAGCCACACAUCUUUUGGGAAAGGUCAGCCACAGCAGCAGCUCUUCAUCAGCUUCUUCUGAUGCUGAGAACCUGGAGGAACUGGAAGAAGUCAUCCAGGAAGAUGUGGACCACCAGAGUCUUGCUGACACCCUUGCUGAGCCAGAAUUUUCUGGGCUGUGGGACCAAGACUAUAAGAAGCAGAUCACUGAGAAAGCACCAGUGGGAAAAGAAGAGAAGAAAGAUUACCCUUUGUUGGCAGGUGGAAACCUCAACACAAACUCUAAAAUUAUUAAUGGAAAAGAGCUGAAAGGGCCUCCAUUCAUCAGCAAACCAGAGGUCAUCCUCUUUAAGGACUUUGAGGUGGGAAAAGUGUACAAGAAGAAAAUCGUCCUGACGAACAUCAGCUACUCUGUUAACCACUGCAGGUUCCUCGGGAUUUCUGCUCAGCUGAAGGACAUCCUCACUAUCAACUUUGAACCUCCUGGCUCGUUAUCUACAGGGAUGUCCUGUGACAUGCAGGCUAUUUUCCAGCCUAUGAUCAACAUGGACUUGGAAGGAGAGAUCCAAUUUGUCUCGGUAGUGGGUCCUUUCUGUGUGCCUGUCAGAUGCACCAUAAAGAAAUGCAGGCCAGAGGUCGACAGCCAGUUAAUUGACUUUGGUUCGCACAUUGUGGGCCAGACCAUUUCACGGACUAUCACCUUGACCAAUAAGGGAGCACUGGCCAGCUUCUUCAGCUUGGACACCUCUCCUUGUCCCAGUCCAGAAACUAGCCAUGUCCAGAUGCCAUCCCAGGACACAUGCAGUGAAAACACAACAUCCCACAAUGAGGGGAGCUCUGCAUCUCUGGAUGCCGAAGAAGUUCAAGCAAAGCAAGAGAGCCAGGACCCCACUGAGGCCUCACAGCAAGAGCAGACUGUGAGAAAUCCAGAAGAUGAUCCCAAAGCUCAUUUGUCUUCAGAUGAAAACUCUCAGAUAGACCACACCCCCUCUGAGAUACAUGACAUAAGACUUGGACAUUUGCAUCGACUGGUCUUUCCAAUAGACUACAACAAAUUCCGGGUGAGAGAGGGAGAGAUUGGACCCUUUGAGAGCAUCAAGCUAGAGGUAAUAUUCAAUCCAACCAUUCCAGGAGAAACCACACUGGAUUUCUACAUUAGAUUCUCUGAUACUAACACCAAGCCGAUACCCAUCCAGGUGAGGGGUGUGGCAGUCAGCGUCCCAGUAUGGGUAGUUCAUCCCAACAUCAACCUAAAGAUAUGCAUGUUUGACCGCCUUUAUCAAGACAGCAUUGUGGUCCAAAGCAGAGCCAACACUGCUUUGAAACUGACCUUCGAGGUGUGCCCAGAGAUGAAGAAACACAUGGAGAUUCUUCCAAAGAUGGGCUUCAUCCAGGCUCAAUCAAGCUUUAAUGCCCAACUGAAGUUCAUGCCAAGACGCUCACUAUCCCAACAUGCUGGGAAGUUUUUUGACAGUGAUACAGGAGUCCUGGAGGUUCCAAUGAAAGUGCAGGUAGCAGGCCAGGUGCAGCCAGCCCAUUUCACUCUCCAAGCAAUUCUGAGCUCCUCAGAGCUGCAGUUCAGCCGGCCUGAGGUGGACUUUGGCUGGUGUUCCAUCUACCAGUCUGUCAGGAGCAGCGUUCGUCUCACCAAUCUGUCCCUGCUCCCUCAAGACUUUGGCUUCUUGGAUGUUCCGGAGUUUAUAGAGGUCCAGCCCAAUGAUGGUUUUGGUACUCUACUCCCACAAGAGACUCUGGACAUAGAUCUGAUUUUCAGCGCAAGAGAAGCCAAAGAGUACCAUUUCCAACUCUGCUGCAAGUCCGGAAUAAACAGAGACUUUCUGCUGUCUUGUCGAGCGGUGGGUGUCCAGCCGCCACUGGAGCUCUCUCAUUCUCUGGUGGAGUUUGGGGCCACAGCAGUAGGAGACCAGUCCACAGCCGUGCUUCACCUGAUCCACGCUCAAACCAAACAGACGCGACCCAAACAAUCAGUCACACCAGAGGGCCGAGAGAACCAGACAUUCGGGGUUCCCAGGUUGUUCUGCUUCACUCUACCAGAGGAAUCAGACAUCAGCAUCACGCCAUCUGCAGGACGCCUUCACCCUGGAGAGAGAUGUCCGGUCCAGGUGAUGUUCAGACCUAGACUUUCUGACCACAAGAUCAAAGAAGAGGUGCUACAUCGCCGUGACCAAGCCAAGAUGCGCCGUGAGAAGGAGCUGGAGAGAAACAGACAGGCUAAACGGGAGGAGGUCCAGCAGGAACCCACUAAAGGGAAAAGGCCAUCUGUGAAUCCAAAGAACACCCAGGCUUUAGAAGAGCCAAAGACUGUGGAACCAAUAGAAUCACCUGAUCAAGCUGAGAUACAGCCGGGGUCAAAAGAGUAUGAGGAGGUGAAGGCCUCUCUGCUGUGCUCCUUCAGCCAGCGUUACAGAGAGUACACCAUCCCCUGCUUCGUUUCAGACCAAGACCUUCCAGAGACAGACCGACAGGCUCAGGCAGCAUGGAGCCCCAUGAACACACUCUACCUGAAGCUUCGGUGUCCUGCUGUCCAGCCCCCUCUAGUGGUGACAUCCAACAACGGGAACAACGUCAUAGACUUCCAUCAGGUGGUUGUGGGAGAAAAGGUGGUUAAAAGGUUUACUGUUCAGAACAUUUCAAAGGAAUCUUUGGAGCUGAAGUCAUCUGUCUUGGACAUAAACUGUACUUUCUCCCUGCUUAAUGCUCUCAGAUGCAUAAGACCUGGAGAAAAACACACUUUGGUACUGGCCUUUAGUCCAACUCAGGGUAAAAAGUACUGUGACGUAUUGGAGGUGCAGUGCCAGAAAAUGAUUUUGGUGAUGACUCUGCGUGGAGAGGGUGUGGCCCCUUCUGUUACACUGUCUCACACUGGGGGUCUUCUUGACCUUGGCUACGUCUUAGAGAAAGAGACCACUUCACAGCGAGUUCAGUUGGAGAACAGCUCAGCAAUGGCAGUGGGUUUCAGUGUGCUGCUGGCCAGUCAGUCUCUUUCCAGGCAUCAGGAUGGAGCCGACUGCGUGGCCUUGAUACUGGACGGAUACAGAGGCUCUCAGGUUCAGCCCACCGUGGGAACCCAGAACCUCAGUGGGCUGAGUGUGUUCAGCGUGGUGCCACUAGAGGGCAGCAUUGGACCUGGACAAAGCCAGGACAUCACCAUCACCUUCCAGCCUGAUCACCCAUCUGUCUACUACUCUGACAGACUCACCAUAGAGCUCAAGAAUAAGAGUAAAGUGUGUGUGAUGGAUCUGAAGGGGGCAGCCUCUUCACAUAACAUGUAUCUGCAUGGGGGAGACCUGCUGACUGUGCCCAUCGAAUCUCUCCUGCCGUCGUUCGGCCCCAGCCAGCCGCAGCCCACAGAAUCAAAGGUGGUGGAGAGCCCAAGCAUCCCGGUGCUGGUGACCCUGCGGGCGAGCUUCAGCGCGGGCGUCCUCACCCCUGCAGUCAGGGAGCUGCAGGUGGGCUGCAUCCGCUCCAUGCACACAAGCAAGAAGAGUGGGGAGUUUUACUGGGACAAUGUGGCAUCCCUGCAGCAACAGGGCUUUGCUGUGGAGCCCAUCAAAGGCAGCGUGGACGCAGGCCAAAAACGCACCACCACCAUCACAUGGACUCCCCAGAGCGGGUACAAGCCCUUUGACGUGGUGCAGACGUGUGUGCCUCUGACUGUAAAGGGCGAUGAGAAGACCAUUUACAAAGUCACCCUGAUGGCUCUGGUCUCCACGACCGCCGGAUGACCUCACCAUUUCCUGAAAGCUUGGGUACAGGAAGUCUGCUUACUCAUACGCUGACAUUAUCAAAUCAUUAAGAUUUUCCAAUGGAAUAAAAGAU